AUGACCGAUGAAGAGUUACGUUUACUGACGGCUUUCGUCGAUUUGUUAGAUAAGUGUUUAAAUUUGAACCCUGAAAAACGGCUAACAGUGAAAGAGGCACUGAUGCAUCCGUUUGUGACUG